AUGGCGGUCGAACAAGGUGUUUACCCACUGGGUCGUUGCAAAACCAUACAUUUGGUGAGGCAUGGUGAAGGGACUCACAAUGCAGCAGCAGACGAAGUGCCAAACCGUGAGGAUGUACCUGCCGUCUUUUUUUUGGAAGAUUACUUUGAUGCAGAGCUUACAGAUGAUGGAUGGAGUCAGGUUGAUCAACGACGCAUGAGUGUUAGGGAAGACGGGAUCUUUGGUGGAGUUGAGUUGGUCGUUGUGUCGCCUCUGCUCAGGACUUUGCAAACUGCAGUAGGAAUAUUUGGUGGGGAAGGUGAUGUUGGUGAAAGUCCUCCACUUAUGAUUGAGGGAGCUGGAAACAGCAACCGUCCUGCAAUUUCAAACUUAAAUUGCAAACCGUUCGUUGCUCAUGAACUUUGCCGAGAAGGAAUGGAACUUCAUCCCUGUGACAGAAGAAGGAAUAAAACAUACUACGUGUCACUAUUCCCCGCGGUUGAUUUUUCAUUGAUAACAGAUGAGGAAGAUGUUUUGUGGAACCCUGAGAGGGCAGAGACUGCCCAAGAAAUUGCGGCAAGAGGUGUGAGAUUCUUGAAAUGGUUAUUUACAAGGCCAGAGAAGGAGAUUGCGGUUGUUUCUCAUGGCGUUUUCUUUUAUUAUACAUUAGGAUUAUUUCAAAACGAAUGUGAUGAAGCUGUGAAAAGACAAUUCUCAGGCCGUUUCCACAAUUGUGAGCUCCGUUCGUUUGUUGUGGUGGAGAAGUUCAUAAACAAUCUCGAAGAAAAUCUUCAAAACAAUGGAGCUGGUGAGGAGUAG